ACGCUUCUAUACUACCUAAGUUCGAAUCUCAAUAGGUGACGAAAUGCCGAGGUCCGGGAUCAUUUCUCAUCAGUUCUGCUACUUACAUUGACUAAGCAGACUAUAUUAUAAAGGAAAAACUCAAACAAAAGAAGUUCCAGGGAUUUCUAGCUUUCGUUUACUACUAGCAUAUAAUAGCGGACAUUCCACCGGAUCAUUCUGAAAGAAUACAAAAAUUCAACAAAAAAUGGCUUCAGACGAUACCAUCAGACAACCGCCUUUGGCGGGAUUGAAAGUCCUCGAGCUUGAAGGCAUCGCAAUGGCUCCAUUCACAGGCAUGGUCCUCGCCGACCUAGGGUGCGACGUAGUCCGCGUUGAUCCUCCAUUGAAACCUCAGAAGAAGACACAAAAGCGAUGGUUAGACUCCCUGUGUCGACACAAGAAAUCCAUAAUUGUGGAUUUUGAGGUAACUGCAUCACGCCAGGCGUUUUUGAGGUUAUUGGAGGCCGCAGAUAUAUUGAUUGAUUCUUAUCGGCCUGGCAUAUUCGAUCGCAUGAUUGGCAUGAAUGCUGAUGAACUAUGUCGGCGAUACCCUCGACUUAUAUAUGCACGAGUUACCGGAUACUCGCGCUACGAUGCUAGAUACGCACAUGCAAUGGGCCAUGAGAAUAAUUUCGUGGCAGUAUCGGGUGCAAUACCUGCAUUGCAGCAUGUGCCGCCCACCAACAGCAAUAGUAACCACAACAGCACAUUGUCCAAACCAACAGUCAACUACCUAGCCGACUUUGGCGGGGGAAGUAUGUCGUGUGUUGUCGGUAUUCUCGCAGCCGUUAUCCAUCGAAGUGCGUCUGGCAAGGGCCAGAUUGUCGACGCCAGUGUUCAACAAAGCACUUCAUAUCUAGCCACAUUCCCGCUACAACGACGGCACGGUCAACCUGAUAAUGAGCCAUCUCUUACCGGAGUGAAUAAUGCACCAUGGUCGGAUAUCUAUGAAACCUCUGAUGGGAAGUAUAUGAUGGUGUCUAGUAUCGAGGACGCACUUUAUGAGCGAUUGAUACGUGGAUUGGGCAUUGAACCUGCCUCGGUACCGUCUCGAACUGACCGCGGAAAUUGGCCAGCAAUUAGGGGCCUGUUAACCGACAGGUUUGCAUCGCAAUCGCAGGAUUAUUGGAGGAGCGUGUUCGACAAAAUGCCGGCCUGCGUUAGUCCGGUGUUAGAUGUGGAUGAUGUUGAUGUUCACCAACCAUUGGUGUAUUUGAGUCGUACUCCAUCUCUCCCAACAAUAGCAGAGUCUAUGGUAUCAGAAAAUAAGAUACCGGAGUUGGUAUCAGGCAGAGGGAAUGAGGAGGUUGUCCGUCGCUGGCUCAGGGCUGAUGAUAUCUGCACAGAUGAUGGUAGUUGUAUUCGGGUUGUUUCAAAAUCAAAACUGUGAUCAAUAUGCGACUCGACUAUCUUAGUGAAUGUCUACAAUGCCAGGCCCUUAAUUCAGCAAUAUUAUUGCGCAGAAUCCUCUCUCAAUCGGGCAACAAACAAAUGGGUCUGCGGUAGGAUCCGACAUCUAGUCUUCUGCAUACUCUGAUGUGGAGACCAACUUAUGAACCCAUAAACUAGGUUUGGAACUGACUGACUGGGUCUAACGGGCUGAAGAUAUCCGCCCGAACUGCCUAUGUACCACAUGAA